UUCUACCAACCUGCACCAACACCACUACCACUUCCCGCCUUCAACCUCCUCCUCCUCGCUCACGCCGCCACUACACACCCACCCCUCAUUCAACGCACGACUUUUUACCUCUUCAAAGCUACACACCACCCUCCUCCCAACAAUUAGACUUCUACCAAUAGUGCCAGCACGACCCACACUUCUGCACGUUCGAACCACGAAAUUACAAGAGACGAGUUUCACCACGGUGGAGAGGAGCUUGAACGUUGUCAACAGACAGAAGUGGAAGGAAUAACACAUACAUCUUCAAGAAUGCCUAGUCCGAGUAGCAGAGAGGGAGGUAGACGAGAUUCUGCGGACUCGUCGAGUUCGAGUUCGAAGAAGGAGUGUGAAGAAUUGCCAGUCACUACCACUACCACUACUGUGACGGUCGGCCCGACGGGUGCUAAGAUGCCGGCGGAAUCAUCGAACGCGCUGGCUGUUGGCGCUCAGGACGGAGGCAGCAGCAACGAGGGCGUGAACAGCACACCGAACUCACACACCACACCUUCGCAGUCACCACUACAGAUUGUGGGCGCGUCGUCGAAAGGAGCGGAGAACGGAGAGGUGGAAGUCACUCAGACAGUCUGCAGCGCGACGCCACCGAACGGAAACGAAAGCGCUAAGAACAGCAGUUCCAAAGUUAACCCUUCUUCACAUCAGGGGGGUUGUACUUCUCCUACGACUAAAGUUGGCGGCUCAACCACUUCCACACCCAACGACAUAAAGACUUCAAUGUCUCCCCCAGCAGAAAACGAGAAUAGUCCCAGCGCUUCAGAACUCUCUUCAGAUCGCGAACCCUCCCCCCCUCUCAAAAUGGAACCGAAGGAACAAAAAUCGGGAAAGAAGUCUAAGGCUGUAGCAGCCCCAGUUGUUAAAUACGAGCCUCCGCUAUAUGGCCACUUUCCAGAUGCGACGGCAGAUGCGACCUCCACCUUCGAAGUCAUCAAGCAGUGCAUCUACUCGAGUAAGACGAUCGGCGAUUCAGGUCAUGAUUCCGAGACCAUGUUUUGCGAGUGCGAGUCACGAUUUGUCGAUGGGGUCAACCACGCCUGCGACGAGGAUUCCGACUGCAUAAAUCGGCUUACUCUUAUGGAGUGUACCGAUGAGGGCUGCGGCUGCCACACCGAAUGUCAGAACCAGCGAUUCCAGAGGCGCGAUUAUGCGGACAUUUCGAUCUUCAAAACGGACAAAAAGGGAUAUGGAGUCAGGGCCAACAGUGACAUCCCGAAAGGCCGAUUCAUCUACGAAUACGUUGGAGAGGUCAUCGACGAGCCUCGAUUUCGACAGCGGAACACCAAGUACCCCGGCAUGGGAAUCAAGCACUUUUACUUCAUGUCUCUCGAGAAGGACCAGUUCAUUGAUGCGACUAUCAAGGGUGGACUUGCAAGAUUCGUCAACCAUUCGUGCAACCCCAAUUGUGAGACGGAGAAGUGGGUGGUCGGCAAUAAGUACAGAAUGGGAAUCUUUGCGAGGCGCGAUAUUAAGGCUGGAGAGGAGCUGGUGUUCGAUUACAACGUUGACAGAUAUGGAGCCGAGAAACAGCCAUGUUACUGCGGGGAGCCGAAUUGUCUUGGUUACAUUGGAGGAAAAACGCAAACCAACAGCGCACCGAAAUUGUCCGGCAACCUGAUCGAGGCGCUCGGUAUCGACGACGACGAAUUGCCAACUAAAAAGUCCCGCCGCAUCCGCAAGUCAUCGGAAGACGAAGAUGAAGAGUAUCUCGCGAAGGCUAGUAGCCGAGAUCUGGAUUUCAAGAGUGUUGCUACCGUUAUGAGCACACUCUCUAACACCAAGGAGAAGUGGAUAGUGUCCAAACUUGUUGCGAGAAUCCAGAGAUGCGACGACGAGGCUGUUCUGGGAAGGGUAUUGCAGUUCCACGGAUACACCAUCAUCGGAAAAUUCCUCACCCUCUACAAAGACGACGAGGUCAUUGUUCUGGCGAUCCUCAACAUAUUCAUCAGUUUCCCGAAGCUCACAAGGAACAAGAUCUCCGCGGCAGGUAUCGAGCCGCUGGUUGAAGAGUUCGCUUCCUCCCCGAACGAGGAAAUCCAGACCAAGGCGAAGGAGCUUCUUGCCAUGUGGAGUGCGUUGGAGACGUCCUACCGGAUACCACGCCGAUUGGCUGGGGAGCAGCCGGAACAGAACAGCUCUGUUUUCCUGGACCGCGGACGCGACUCUAGGUCGACCAGUGGCACCGAGUCCCCCAAGCGAUCGCCGGAGAACUCUACGGAGCCCAUCCCUCCAUGGCUGCAGAAGAACAAGCACUUCAACAAGCCAAAUCCGAACUUCACCAGGCAACCGCCGAGUGGUCCACGUGCCGACCGUGGGUUCGGGGGCAACCGGGGUCACAAUAACCGGAACAGCAAGUUUGCGCCGCGCCCACCAUUCAGUGGUGCGAAUUCGAUACCAACUCCUGCCGGCGGCAUGCGACUGCAGUCCGAUCUUCCUUGGGGUUGGCACAAGGGAUACAAGUAUGGCGAAUGUUACUACUACGCCAACGAUGGUCGGGUCACCUGGGAGAUGCCCAGGGAUCCGGCCAUUGCCGGACACCCUGUGCCGACGACCAUUCCCCCCCCUCCGGCUAGACAGUUCGUCAAAAUCCAGCAGAACGACAUCCAGGCCUUGAUCCUGGAGGCUGCGGCGUUUGCGGAGGCCAAGAGGAAGAGGGAAGAGGAGGAGGAGAAGGAGAAGCAGCGACAGGAACGCCGAGCGAAGCGGAAGGAGAAAGAAGCCAAACAGACCUACGACGCGGAGAAGACACGGAAGUACUUGGCUAUCGCGUUUGGGAAGCAUGUGCCCAACAUGGUCAACAAGUUCAACAAGGACCUUGGGAGCAACCCCAAGUCCGCGAAGGAGAACGUCAAGAAGUACGCUAAGGAGAUCGUAGAGCUGCUGGUCGACAAGGAAAUCCGGUACCACAAGCACGUGGUGGAUCCUCUCAACGUGUGCGACGAGGCCAAGGUCGCCAAAGUCAAGCUGUUCGUCGACGAGUACGUCCGCAAGCUUAUCGAGCGUCGCAAGGCCGCCCGCCAGCAGCAGCUCCAGCAGGGUGACGGUUCGAAGAGGAAGCGUGACGAGCCGGCCGGCAUCUCGACCGAGGACAAUACCAAGCGUCGCAAGUCCCUGACCCCCCAGAAGGAGGCCGCGCCAACCACCCUCGUUGUUCCAGUGUCUGCCGCUUCCGCUUCCGCCUCCACUUCGCCGACGAGGAAGAGGAGCCACGAGGAGGAGGUCGAGGGAAGGGACAUGUCCAAGCGCCGUAAGUCCCUGGAUACCGGGGCCGGGGCUGGGGCCGUCUAAAUGGCUUUGUGUCUGUGUGCUUGCUUGUUGCGUGUGUCGGGGAGGAAAUUAAUACCCUCGACAGAGUGGAUACGGAACAAAGAUGGGGAUUUCAUUUUCUUUUUUUCUUUAGUAUUAUUCUUUUGCAUCCAUCCAUCCUUCUUCUUUUUCUUUUGUUUUUUUUUGUUGCA